AGAUAUUUCAGUAAGCAGGAACUCUCCGGUGGUGUCCUCAUCCAAAAACAUGAUAAAACUUCUGAUGAACAACAUGGAAAUUUCACACUUCAAGAAGCUUUAAAACCUGAUAAUCUUAUAAUUGUUUCUGUCUGGACUGCAAACGGUGUAGGAUUAAACAGCUCGGUUGCACGUGUAUCCCUAUUUGCAUUGUCAAGUGUGACAUCUGCCGUUAUUAUUGAAAAUCAGCGGGGAAUACUCGAACUAGAGAAGCACUCUUGUGGCGUUCAUUUUUGCAACAAGGACUGCACAUGCGCUGUAGUUGGAAAGCCAUGUAUUGAAGUUGAAACAAAUAUGUCGUGCGUCGAGAUUGAUGCAUUUAACACGACUGAUAACGAAGUGGCACGGUUUGCAGUUUUUGGAGGCCUUCAGUUUCAGCCUUUGACUUUAACAGCAUCAUCAGCUUGUCUUGCCGGGCACUGGACUCAGAUCGAACACUCGAGAAAGGAUCCAGACAUUCAUAGAUUUGAGUGGAGUAUUGGAAUUCACAAUCAGCCGCAUGGAGAAGGGAUUUUCGAUUUACAAAAGGAGUUUCCCUGGGUUGAUAUAGGUUUGCGACAAGAAUUUGUUCACUGCUUGCCUAUCAAUAGAUCUCUUAUUCAUGGCGAGCUCUACGACAUAUACGUUAAAACUUGGUAUGGACCAAAUAAAUCCGCCAUAUUUACGUCGGAAUCUAUUAAAAUUGAUCAAACUCCCCCAAGUGUGCGUAGAGGACGAUAUAUUAUCGAAGGCAUAGGUGAUUGUGCAACAGAUCUUGACUUCAUAGACUGGACGGAUGAGAUUUCGGCGUGUUGGUCCGGGGUCUUUAGUGAGCAACAGAGCCAUAUACAACAUUACUCAGUUGCCUUAGGAACUUCACCAAACGUUGAUGAUGUAUUUGCAUCAGCGAAUAUGGGAUUGAAAACAAAUAUUUCCAUCGGUAAUCUGACUUUGGAGCACGCCGUUAGAUACUAUUUUACUGUCACUGCCGUGAAUACUGCAGGGCUUCACACUUCGGUUUCGUCGGACGGAUUUAUAAUCGAUACGACCCCACCAUCAGAUGGCGUUGUUUAUAAUACAAAUGCGUAUAAAAACGUUGCAUACCAAUCAUCCGUUACAUCUCUAGGACUUUCGUGGCAUGGGUUUCAGGACCAUUGUUCAGGAAUAAACAGUUACUAUGUUGCUGUUGUGGAAAAUCAAGUGCCUCCUUAUUCUAUUACGAAUUUUACACAAGUUUAUCUCAUGACGAGUUUUACCAUCAAGGAUUUAGAUAUGAUUCCUGGCAGCGUUUAUUACGGUGUGGUCAAGGCCAUUGAUGCCGCGGAACAUGAAAGUCAUCUUAUUGUAUCACCAGGUGUCAUCAUCGAUCCUUCUCCACCCAAAGGCUACUAUUGUAACCAGUUUGAACAUACGGAUGUCAUUGAAUUGUUGGACGAUUCGAAGGUUAAUGGGACGAAGACAAUUGUUGCAAAAUUAGACAAAGAUACCGUAUACAGAAUUGAAGGGUCUAUUAAAAAUACUUUUGUAGACUCAGUUAUUCUUCAAAUCAAUCGUUUCAUGACCAGACUCCAAACUGCUCUGAAUCAUAAACAAAUUGCUGAAUUUUCAUAUACGUUUGAGUCAAUGGAAAAAGGGGCCCAGAAUAUUACCAUUAGUGUUGAAAAAAAUAAUAAUAAUUUCACUAACAUCUUAGAAACAACUCAUUUACAAAGAUGUGCGUCUAUUAUUGAAAACAACGCAAAAGCUCUUCAUGUUCGGCAAAUAAGACAUGAUUCUGUAGCUGUUACUGCUAUGAUUCAGGAUAAAGAAAGUGAUCUGAAAAUGGUACAAAUUGGUGCAGGUACCACACCUGGAGGGCUUCAAAUUCAGCCAUUAACACAUAUUCAUGUUGAUAUAAUGAGUGUGGUUAUUAAAGGUCACCUUGUGCAUGCGAUGAAAGUAUAUACGACGAUUAUUGCUGAGAAUCAUGCAGGCCUGAGAUCAGUUUUCCAGUCAACAGAACCAAUUAUUAUUGACCAUACUUCUCCGAUUAUCACUGAUCUGGAGGCUUUAGCAACGGUAGUCUAUGUCAAUGAGUCGGGUGAAAUAGAUUCAAGAGUUCAGAUCAAUGCAACCUGGAAUGCGCAAGACGAUGAGAGCGAUAUUAUACAUUGUACUUGUUCUGUUGGAAUGUUUCCAAACAAAGACGAUGUACAAGACAAAUGGUUUGCGGAUACUCUGUCAGCGUGUGAGUCGAACCUUCUACAACUUAAACACGGCGAUAAGGUGUACGUCAAUAUCAACUGUGUCAACAAUGUUGAACUAGCAACGACGAAAACUGUAGCUUCUAAUACCGUAUCCAUGGAUUUCAUUACUUCAAACCAAGUGACAGUUAACAUAUAACCAGUUAACGAAGGUCUGUUCAGCUCAAUGCCGCUUACUGUAGGCCCGGUUAAAUUACAAUCAAACACAUCCUUGGUGCAAAUCAGUUGGUCAGGAUUCGAAGAUACAUCCGGUAUUGACUUUUACGAAUAUUGCAUAUCGGACGAAAGAAAUGCCACUAUUGUAGACUGGACAAAUGUUCACUUGAAGACGGUGGCAAGUGCUCGCGGGCUAACAUUACACAAUACAGAAACAUUGAACGUAAGCGUCAGGGCUACAAACACCGGACAGCAUAGAAGUGAGGCCGUUCAUGCUUCCAUAUUCAUUAUCAGUCAGCCUCCAGCUUUGUCAGGAAGCCCUAUACUUGUAACUCGAAACGAGCAUCUUAUUCACAUCGACUGGGAACAGGCCUUCGAUACUCUUCCGGAAAUUCCAGUUGUUUGCAGCCUCGUUGUGGGAUCCGGAGAAGGAUUCACCGACAUUUUGGAUAUCAACUAUUACACCGGACAUACAUAUGAUAUUGUGGCUCCAUCGUCUACGCUGAUUUCCCCGAAGAUAACAGAGUUGUUCUUUACUAUAACAUGUACUUAUCCAACAGGGAUGUCCAGCGUGUACAGGACAAUAUUCACAUUGUAAUAAUUUACUUGCUAGUUGCAACGCUUGGUUUUUGCAAAGCUAGUGUUUUUGUUAUUACAUUUCAUAGUGUUGCUUUCAGUAUAUUUACAUAAAUGCCUUAAUAUUGUGUGGGGUCGUUACUCUUCUUCAUUGUUAUCUUAACCAUUGUUGUUCGAUGCAGGCGGAAAACCGUGGACUAGUUACUUUUACACUAUUACGUCUAACUAUAUUGCUUUAUAAAAAUACGUUGUAUUUGUACACGUUUGCCGUGAUUUACUUUCAAUCUUUACAUGCUGUUCGGUAUUUACAUACUAAAUUGAGUCGCGGUUUGUGUUGCUUCCGUUUCUAUAGUUACAAAUAUAUUUGAAAAUAUAAGCAUUAUGUCUGA